AUGGCUGAUGUGGAGUCGGUGCGUAUCAUAGUAAAGGAUGACGACGAUGCAGAAGCCGCGCUCACCAACUUUGUUGUGCCUCGUAUGGCCAGAAGUUCAGCACUGACCGAUGGAACCGGAGCUCUCAGGAGGCAAAGCUUUGCACACCUGCCACUCCGGAAGCAAAUCCUCCUGCGAAUCCAACAGAGUUUGGCGGAAGAGUGCGGACUCGCCGGUGGCCUCGUCGUCAAUAGAGCAGCAGAAGCAGUGGUGAAGGUGAAGAUGGAGGCAGUUGACCCGCUCACCUGUCAAUUCUGCGCGAAGCGGUUCAACUCGAUCAGCAAGCACAAUUCGCACGAGUUGCGACACCGUAGCAAAAACGAUGGUCGGUAUCGGUGCACCAAAUGCGGUAAAUGCUUUGUGCAGAAAUCUUCUCUGGUGACCCACGUGCGUAGCCACACGGGAGAGCGUCCCUACUGCUGCACGCUCUGCGGGGCCAAAUUCGGCGACGUCUCCUGCUACAACAAGCACAAGCGCAUACAUAGCGGUGACCGACCGUACACCUGCUUCGCCUGCGACAAGGCGUUCACCCAGUCCGGCAACCUAUACCGGCAUAUGCGCUGUUGCGCUCUAGUCAAAGAUAAAUCCCCUAAUCUUUCGUAA